CUACAAAUCCCCACAUUGAAAUACGGAUACCCAAUAUUUGGGCGCCAAACAAGGCUUCAAUAAAAUUACAGUUACAAAACUUGAACACAAUAAUCCCCAAGAGAGAUAGAGAAAAGACACAAAACCUUAAUCCACACGCUAAAAAAACCCAGGGAGGAGAGAGAGAGUGGCAUCUUUAGAGACAGAGCGAACUGAAGAAGAUCAAAGGGCGAAAAAAUGGCGCAAGCACAACCACCUGGGGAAAAAAUCCAAGACGUCCCAGAAAUGGAGGUGAAAGAAAACCCAAGAAGUCCAUCGUUCAAAUUCAAUGCACAGGCACCUGAAUUUGUGCCAAGAUCACAUGCCCAGAUGCCAAUUUCUGGUUAUUUCUAUCCCUACUUUCACUUUCUUGGUGACACUACUUCCCCUGAUUGGUUUUACGUUGAGGACCAAGAAUUGCCUCCGUACUUGAUCUCCAAUAAUCCCAAUAUCGAUCCGCUUUCCAAUCGGUCCAAGAAUGCGAUCCCGGAUGAUCUUCAACAGAAGAUCAUCAAGCAGGUGGAGUACCAGUUCAGUGACAUGAGCCUGCUGGCAAAUGAAUCCUUAUCAAAACACAUAAGUAAAGAUCCCGAAGGCUUUGUUCCAAUAUCUGUUGUUGCCUCCACCAAAAAAAUGAAGUCACUUAUUAGUAACAACCAUAUUCUCGCCCAAGCGCUCCGGUCUUCUUCAAAGCUGGUUGUAAACGAGGAUGGCAAGAAGGUUCGACGUAAGCAUCCUUUUACUGAAAAGGACAAAGAGGAAUUGCAGUCUCGCACGGUUGUGGCAGAGAAUUUGCCUGAAGAUCACUCUCAUCAAAACCUAGAGAAGAUAUUCAGUGUGGUUGGAAGCGUGAAAACCAUCCGAAUAUGCCAUCCCCACGAAUCCAAUUCUUCUCGCUCAAAAGGCGAUUUCAUUAUCAGCAACAAGCUUCAUGCACUUGUGGAGUAUGAAACAACAGACAUAACAGAGAGAGCGGUUGAAAAGUUGAGUGAUGAAAGGAACUGGAGAAAAGGUCUCCGAGUAAGGAUGCUGCUCAGACGCUCGCCAAAGUCGGUUUUGAAGAACAGAAAGUCUGAUUUCGAUGGCAUUUUAGAGGAUGAAGAGCCAUUAUAUGAUUGUGCAGAAGAAACUUCUCACCCAAGCAACCUUGAAUUGGUCAUUGAUAGUCCUAAUGGUGAAGAAAAUUCAGCGGGGUCCAAGAAAGGAUGGGCGUGGGGGCGCAGUAAGGGCCGAGGACGCGGGCAGAGCCAGAGUAGUCGUGGCCUGAUUGCCCCGUCUCCGCUAUCAAGCAGCACCAUCCAGUGUGAGUCAUCUGCAAAACAGAAUUCCAAGGGCCCAAGAAUGCCAGAUGGUACUAGGGGUUUCACCAUGGGAAGAGGCAAGCCAGUAAGCGCCACGAAUUCGCCGUAGGAGAGUGAGUGAUUUUGAUGGUGGCUCAAUUUUGCUGAAGGUCUACUUAGUUACUAGAAGAAUACGCAUAUGGCUCUCUGCCUACCCUAAUUAAGGAGUCUUGAGAAGAAGGGGGAUUUUGGUUAUGUUCGUGAAAUGGGUAAUUUGAUUAUGGAUUUUAAUUGAGGUGUAUAAUAUGGUAAACACAAUUUUGGGAUGGCAUUAGCUCUUGGCAGUGAUCAUUUAGUGAUCACAUUUUUUGUUUUUUGUUUUUUGUUUUUCCUAUAGAGGUACUUUGCUUUUGGGAUGGAAUUUAAUUCUCUUUUGUAAAAUUCUAUUUGAAUAAUGAAGUUGAUGGAUGAACUCUC